AUGAAGCGCAAGGCGCAGGACCCGCCAGACAUGCCGUCCAAGCAGGAUGCCAUGUCGGCCGCGAACAAGAAGCUCCUGCUGCAGCUGUUUCAGCGGGGCGACUUCCUGGGCGCCCGGCGCCGCAGCCAGGUGGUGCGGGAGGCCUUCCAGGCCACGGCCAACUGCCCAGGCUGCGCGCGGCUUCAUGCAGAGGGCAGGAGGAAGAAGCCGGAGGAUGCCUUCAAAGCCAUCGCCGCAGCGGAGCACCACUUCUUUGAGGAGGAGCAAUGCGGAGAGCUUGGGCCUUUGGUGCACGGCCUGGCCAACCUGCAGCAUUUGCUGAACUCCCAGUGGUAUUUCACUGCGGCGGACGCCCUUUGGAAGGCCUGA